AUGCAGAGACUGUCCCCUCCGUACUGGCAGGUUCCUCCGCGGAUAUCGAAACCUCUGUUCUCCAAUAACUGGAUUUCCUGCUUCUGGCGCAACAAGCCACGGCUUGCAUGCAUGGGAAGCUGUCGUAGAGCCAUCUCGUCCUUGGUUUGCAGUUUAGGUCCGUUUAGUGGGCUUCAUAGGAGACUCGUAUGCAACCUGGAUCGUUGCCAACACUUCCCAGAAACUCUCUAUAGUGGUUGGGUAUCUUUGCGGAGCCCAUUAUUUUUGCCUGCGAAGAGUUCCUGGUGUGCUGGCUUGAAAGGUUGGCAAACGGAUCAAUUGACAGCUCCCAGUUGUGGAAACUAG